CCGAUUUUGGCAAAUCUAACGAGCCAGAGAAAGCCGCCUGAAAUCUAUCAAUCUAAGAAAAAAUUGAAACGUAGUUACAAACGCGUUUGAAAUACGUGGCCAUUUGACCGGCCAAUAGGCGGUCGUGAUUUUCGCGGCAUUUCUUCCUCUGUGUACUAAUAUCCGCAGAAGGUCAACUUCCGUUCGAUCGACUAAACAAAUUCAAACCGACAGAGUCGUUACUGCGAGGCAAACGUUGUUUGGGAAACAGUGGAAGCAGCCUAGUCGGAAGACGAGCAUUUGGUAUUGCAUGUAAUUAUUUUCUGACUCGAUUAGCAAUGGCUUUAAGAAAUAGGACGGCGCUCACGAAUAUUGUAAAUCAAGAGAAUGUGAAGAAUGUUAAGUCUUCAGUGACCACGGUAGCUGGAAAAACAAGGAGAGCAGCUUUGGGUGAAAUAGGAAAUAAAGUGAAUACAUUAAGAGGUAUAGAGCCUGUUGAUAGAACCAGCUUGCUGACAAAGGAUAAGAAGAAGAUCACAGUUCAGAAACAAGCAAUCAAACCACCAGAGAAAUUGAAUGAGAAACCACCUGUGCAAAUAGUUAAACCUGUGGUAAAGGUUACAACUUCUCAAGAGAAUAAUGAGGUGUCAUUGCCUUCCAAAAAGGAGAUCCAAUCGUUCUCCUCGAAUUUACUAGAGAUUGAGGAUAUUGAUGAAGAGGAUAAGGAAAAUCCCAGUCUAGUUUCUAUUUACAGUAACAACAUUUAUGAAUACUUGAGAACUUUGGAAGGUAUGUACCCCAUCUCGAAAGGAUAUCUGAGUGGACAAGAAGUUACACCAAAAAUGAGGAGCGUACUUAUAGAUUGGUUAGUGGAUGUACACCAACAAUUUCAUUUAAUGCAGGAGACAUUAUACCUGACCGUUGCCACCAUUGAUAGAUUUCUACAGGCUUUCCGCUCAAUAGACAGGAAAAGAUUGCAAUUAGUUGGUGUGACUGCUAUGUUUAUUGCUAGCAAGUACGAAGAGAUGUAUUCUCCAGAUAUAAAUGAUUUUGUAUAUAUCACAGAUAAUGCUUACUCGAAGGUAGAGAUAUUACAAAUGGAAAUGCUUAUUGUGAAAACUUUAGAUUACUCUUUUGGUAGACCGUUACCUUUACAUUUCCUAAGGAGAUAUAGCAAAGCUGGAAAGGCUCUUCCAAUACAUCAUACAAUGGCUAAAUAUUUCCUUGAACAAAGCUUAGUCCAUUAUGAAAUGUGUCACUAUCCCCCGAGUCUUAUUGCAGCUGCAGCAAUAUAUUUAGCUUUCUUAAUUUAUAGUAAUGAUGACGAGGACGAGCAAAAGGUUGUCUGGACAAAUACCUUGGCACAUUACAGUACCUAUUCCAAGGACGACGUAUUCCCUGUGGUAAGGGAAACAGCAAGUAUUAUAAUUAAUGUGGAUAAGAUUAAGUAUCAAGCUGUAAGGAAGAAGUACGCUCAUGUGAAGUAUAUGAAGAUUAGUACUCGUCCCGAACUUAAAUCGGCAUUGUUGAAUACUAUAGCUACUGCAGAUAAGGAGGCAGUAUAAUAUUCAUUCUAAAAGGCAAGUACUGAGAUGUCCGAUUGUUCAAUAUUUCGUUGGACAAGAAUUGCAGUACAUAUAGGAUGAUGAUACAUUUUUAGAGGAAGACCAGACGAAUAAAGUAGCACGAGACUAUCAUCAUUUGUUGUCUUUUUUUUUUGCAUUACGAUGUUUCCAUU